GAAUCACCUUUCGUAAACUGGAAGAUGUCAGCAGAUAAUUUAGAAGGAAAUUCAAGAUUUGAGGGUUUCAUUGUUGAUUUAUUAAACGAAUUAAGUAAAUCAUUGAAAUUUCAGUUCACUUUAGAAGUCGUCAAAGAUAAUAGCUAUGGUGGGUUUAGUCUUAUUUCUCAAGAAUGGAACGGAAUGGUAAAGGAUAUAAUUGACGAGAAGGCCGACAUUGCUGCAGGGGCAUUUUCUAUCACAGUUAAACGAUCUGAAGUUAUUGAUUUUACAAUUCCUUUCAUGGAUCAAGGAGUAACUAUUUUAAUGACCAAACCAAAGACUCCUCCAGUAUCCAUUUUUAGAUGCUUUGCACCAUUCAAUCUUUCCUUAUGGAUUGUUAUUGGAGUAUUUUUAAUCGUUAUAGCGAUCUUAUUUUUUGUAGUCGGUAUUCUUAGCCCCUAUGACUCAUUCAUUGACGCGCAAAAAUGGAAAGAUGAUUAUGGAGAGGUUGUUGCAUCCAUGAAUUUGGGCAAUUCAUUAUGGAAUUCUGUGUCGACUUUUCUACAACAAGGACAUGAUAGGCCUCCUACUGCUAUAUCAGGAAGAAUUAUGCUAGGUUCUGCAUGGCUUGCUUCAUGUAUUAUAAUUGCUACCUAUACUGCAAAUUUGGCAGCCUUCUUGACCGUUGAAAAUUUAAAUUCUGAAAUUAAUUCUUUGCAACAGCUGGCUUCCCAAAGUAAAGUUAAAUAUGGAACUGUACAAGGCAGUAGCGUCUAUAACUUUUUUGAACGAGCGACAAUGGCCCCAUACAAUGAAAUGGCACAGCGUCUAAUCAAUGUUCCAAAUACAGAAGCUGGUAUUAAUAAGACUAAGAAUGAAGAUUAUGCAUUUUUAUGGGAUGCAGCUAUAAUCGACUAUUACAAAAACAAAUAUUGCACGCUGAAUACAGUUGGAGGACAAUUUCGAAAAGAUGGAUAUGCUUUAGGGUUAAGAAAAGGGUCACCAUUUACCCAAGAAAUCAGUAUUGCCAUCUUAAAAUUACGACAAAGUGGUUAUAUCGAGCAUACUCUUAAAAAAUGGUAA